AUGAGAAUCCAAUUUUCUUUGUGUGCCCUAUUUUUAAUCGUUUCCCUGGUGAUAAAGCCGGGGCUGGGAUUGUAUUUUUACCUGGAAGGUAGUGAGCAAAAAUGUUUUAUUGAUGAAUUACCAAGGGAUACUCUAGUUGUCGGUGAGUAUACCGAAUUUUACACACCUUAUCCCGGAGCGGAAUCUAGAAACUAUUGGAGAUGUACUUAUAAAGCCGAAGAGUGGUCCGAAACACAACAACAAUUUGUUGAGAAUCCGCAACUUGGAAUUCAAAUAACGGUCGAGGAAUUACCUCAAGGUCAUCGUAUAAUAAAUCAAAAGGGUCCAAGUCGCGGUCGUUUUACUUUUACUGCUGCAGAAUCGGGAGAACACGCAAUUUGUUUAUCGACUAAUUCGACCACAUGGUUUUCAAAUACCCAGACGAAAUUGCAUCUAGAUAUGGUGAUUGGUGAAACUACCAGCGAAGAAGAGAAUGAUAAAGAACAUUUUAGUGAUCUCGCUCAAAGAGUUCGCGAAUUGAAUAAUCGUGUUGCUGACAUCCGUAGAGAGCAAAGUUAUCAACGCGAACGCGAAGCCGAAUUUCGAGAUCAAUCAGAAAUUACCAAUUCUCGUGUGGUCUACUGGACCAUUGCUCAAAUGAUAGUUCUCGGUAUUACUUGUCUAUGGCAGAUGCGACACUUGAAAAACUUUUUCGAAGCCAAAAAACUCGUAUAA